AUGGUUCAUCGCUUACUAACAUACUGCUCAGCGAUACAUGGAAGGCCCUACGACAUUUGGGGUGAUGCACCAGGAAAGAAAGAGAAGAUUGGAAAGGCUGGCUACUGCCCACAUGGCAAUGAGUUGUUCCUGGGUUGGCAUCGCCCGUACCUUGCGCUAUUCGAGCAAGCACUUUCGAGCCAUGUUUAUGAUAUCGCGAAGAAAGCACCCGCCGAUCAGAUCGAACGGUACCUCAAGGCAGCAAAUGAGUUUCGCAUACCUUAUUGGGACUGGGCCCAAGGUACGACUAUUGGCCCGGUGCCCGACUUCUUUACAGCCCCCGAAAUAGCGGUGACGGAUACGGACGGCAGUCUGACAGUGGUGUCAAAUCCGUUGUAUUCUUACAAGUUCAACCCCAUACCUGCUGGCUUUGAUCACAAGUGGGCCUCUAUGAGUUCGACGAUACGAUGGCCGAGUGACGCGACCGCCAAUGCGACAUCGCGACAAUCGAUGUUUGUCGGUGCCUUCAAUGGCCAGUCCACCAAUCUGAUAUCUCAGGUUGGUGUUGCUUUCCGAGCGAGCACGUUCUCGCGAUUCUCGAGUAUACUAGAAGACCCGCAUGGUUGGAUACAUGGCGUUAUCGGCGGUGGCUACGAUCCCACGUCUUCACCUGGUCAUAUGUGGCCGCUGGAGUAUUCGUCAUACGAACCCCUCUUCAUGUUACAUCAUGCCAACGUCGACCGCCUACUCGCACUAUACCAGGGAGCGCACCCCGAUCUUUGGAUGGAGAAGUCAAGCAUAGGACCGCACGGCAAUGUUUAUCUCGACGACUACCAAAACGUUGACGCAAACACUGAACUCCUCCCAUUCAGAAAGGACCCUGGCAAAUUCAUGACCUUCAACGACUGUCGCAAUACCACUGUCCUAGGUUAUGCCUAUCCGGAAACGAAGCGCUGGAAGUUCGCAUCAGACCAAGCCUACCAGGCAGAUGUCACAGCGCAGAUUGCGAGGAUGUAUGGUGGCCGCGCACGCGCACAGAGCAAAGUUACAGUUAUGAGUACCAAGCCAACGCCAUUCGGAGAAACACUCGAGGACAGCAAUGGCACAUACACCGACUGGAUCAUCGAGACACAAGCCAUUGCUUCCAAACUUCCACCAUCGUUCAUCGUCAAGUACUCGCUCGGCGGCAUGUUCAACUCCGAGCCAGUCGUCGACGUGGGAAGCUGGAUGAUGUUGAUGCCGGAGCGACUCGACGACGUGCACACCGAAAAAGAUCCCUCAAAACCGGAGAAGUUGAUGAACGGUACAACAAGUAUCACACCUUAUCUUAUCGAGCAGAUUGAGAACAAGAGCUUGAAGAGCCUGGAGCCCAGCGACGUGGUGCCUUUCUUGACCGAGAAGCUGACCUGGAAUGUUUACGAUCAAAAUGGCGAACGCGUCAAGUUCCCUGACCAAAAGACUCUCUCAGUCAAGGUAUUCAGCACCAGCGCGCGCGUGCCAGACAACGACGAAGAGCCGAUCGAAUACGACGAUGGAAGCACGGCUUAUCCCGAGAUCACGGCAGGCAAGUCUGGUGGUAACAAGAUGGGCCCUCCGGGCAUGAUGCCUCCGCGAUUCUAG